ACGUAGUGGUGCUGUCUUUUGUGUGUGUGUGUGUCUUGUGAGCAGCCUUUUGACACCGCCCCUCCGCAGGGUGCAGAGGGAGCCGUCAGGGGCCAACUAUCGGUUACGUCUGCAGGCUGUAAACAAAUCUCUACAACACCACGAUGUACGGAAAAGACACAUUUCCUGGGCAGCUGCUGUCACCGCCGGUGCUAACGUUCACCAUGUAACCGCCGCCUAGCUACGCUUUCCAGUCCGAGGACGUUACGACGGUUGGUUUUUGACACCAGUGAGACCUGUCGUUGUUUUGACCGGUGGUAUCACAGGUAUUUUAUGCUAUUGUCACGGUGGUCGCCGGGUGAAUUACACACCCAAGUUAGCUCGUUAACGGUUCGCAACCCGUAUGAAUCUGGCUGUUUUCGCACCGACCAGCGUUCACCAGCUAAGUUAUAAUCAGUUCAGAGGUACGUGAACAUGGCAUCGCCCGCAGAGCACGACCUGGCUCUGUCUGAAGCGGACGGCAGCAAGGAGAAAGCUCAGGUGUUUGGGAUAUUGAGGUUGCAAGAGGAGAAAUCUGGUGCUGGGGAGAAAGCUAACAGUACAGCGAGAGGAGGAGGAGGAGGAGGAGGAGGAGGAGACGGGCGAUGGCAGGCUCCUAUCUUCGCUUUAGCUAGGAAAGCAUCCGAGACCAUUUCAGGGAGCAUUCACGUUCUGCCCAAAGUGUCGGAGCACAGGACGUCUCUGCCCGGGGACUGGAGCGUCCAAGCCCUGAGAGACCCCAUGGCCAUGGAGCGAGCCAACCUGCUGAACAUGGCCAAGCUGAGUAUUAAAGGGCUGAUCGAGUCGGCUCUGAGCUUUGGAAGAACGUUGGACUCAGACUACCCACCUCUCCAGCAGUUCUUUGUCGUCAUGGAGCACUGUCUCAAGCAUGGCCUCAGAGUGAAGAAGUCCUUCCUGGGCUUUAAUAAGUCUCUGUGGGGUCCUUUGGAGCUGGUGGAAAAACUGUGUCCUGAAGCAGCAGAGAUCUCGGCCUCAGUACGAGACCUGCCUGGACUUAAGACUCCGUUAGGAAGGGCCAGGGCGUGGCUGCGUCUGGCUCUCAUGCAGAAGCGGCUGGCCGACUAUCUGCGACUCCUCAUCACCAGAAAAGACCUGCUCAGUGAUUUCUACGAGAAUUCAGCGCUGAUGCUAGAGGAGGAGGGAGCAGUGAUCGUGGGCCUGCUGGUGGGCCUGAACGUCAUCGAUGCCAACCUGUGCGUCAAAGGGGAAGACCUGGACUCUCAGGUUGGGGUGAUUGACUUCUCCAUGUACUUGAAGAACGACAUUGAUGAUUACAGGAGUGAAGAGAGGAAUAGCCAGAUAGCAUCCAUCUUGGAUCAGAAGAACUAUGUAGAGGAACUGAACCGACAACUCAACUCCACAGUCCAUGGUUUACAGGGCAGAGUGGACUCUCUGGAGAAGUCAAACUCUAAACUCAUAGAGGAGUUAGCCAUAGCCAAGAACAACAUCAUCAAACUGCAAGAAGAAAACCAGCAACUGAGGAGUGAAAACAGCCUUAUUCUACUGAAGGCACAGCAGCAUUUAGAGACAACCCAAGGUGAUGUGUCAGUGGAGAGAGACACCUACAAACAGUCUAGUCAGGGUCUGGAUGAGAUGUACAACGAGGCUCGAAGACAACUGAAGGAGGAGUGUCAGCUCAGACAGGAUGUGGAGAAUGAGUUGGUAGUCCAGGUGUCAAUGAAGCAGGAAAUGGAGCUGGCCAUGAAACUUCUCGAGAAAGAUAUUCAUGAAAAACAGGACACACUGAUUGGUCUCAGAACACAACUGGAUGAGGUCAAAGCCAUCAAUGUAGAGAUGUACCAGAAGAUGCAGGUACAGUCGUCCGAUGAAGAGAUGAAGAAGAAGAACGAUAUGAUCACUCGUCUGGAGGAGAAGACCAAUCAGAUCACCGCCACCAUGAAGCAGCUGGAGCAAAGAUUACAGGAGGCAGAGAGGCACCGCACCUCGGCCGAGGAGGGAACCAGACGUUUCAAGUUGGACUUUGCCAACAAGGCCGACAGCCUGCAGCGGCAAAUCGAGCACAGAGAAAGACAACUCCAGCAGCUGGAGAUGGACUUGAAGAUAGAGAGAGAGUGGAGGCAGACAUUACAAAAUGAUCUGGGCAGAGAGAGAGAGACGGUGGCUCAGCUCAGCACAGAGGCGCUGCAGAUCAAUGGCCUAAAAAGGGAGUUCCAUCGCCUCCAGGACGAAAACAUUCAGCUGAAGACGAUCUGUGAAGACCAAGAACAAGCUCUCGAGGAACUAGGCUCCAAACUCAGCGAAUCCAAAAUGAAGAUUGAGGACAUCAAAGAGGCCAACAAAGCUCUUCAGGGGGGUCAGGUUUGGUUGAAGGACAAGGAAGCCAGCCACUGCAAGCUGUGCGAGAAGGAGUUUUCCAUCUCAAGACGAAAGCACCACUGUAGGAACUGUGGGGAGAUUUUCUGUAACAGCUGCUCUGACAACGAGCUUCCUCUACCUGCGUCUCCAAAACCAGUCAGAGUCUGUGACACCUGCCACGCCCUGCUUCUGCAGCGAUGCUCCUCCAACCCCACUUGAAGGAAGUCCCACACUGCUGCCCUGGCUGUUUCAAACAAUCUGAGAUCAGACUCGUAAAUACCCGCCCUCCUGUCCUCCGCAAGAUCCACACCCGCCCCUCCCCAACUUAUCUCAACAGUGUUUGCUGCUAAGAAUGGACAGUGUGCAUGAACAGUUAGUGCAUUUGAUUCGUCUUAUUCACAGUUUGGAGAAAAAAAAGUCCCUCACUGACAAAAUGAGGGACAUCUGCAUCAAUCAGACCUUUGUUUUACGUCACUACAUUUUCUGCAGAAGUUCUGCAAAGUAAAAAACAAACAUCAAACAUCUCUUAUCAUCAGACACAGACUAGAAGGCAGUCAGUCCACUAUAGCAUGGGCCAAAAUGUCUUACUUGUUGACGGACAAGUUGGAAAUUGAAGAAGUGAGAGUCUGUGGUCUGCUUUAUUAUCAUAAAGAAUCAUGACAUGUCAAAUCAGCUGUCUAAAUAUGCAUCAGUGACCUCUUAAGGGAGUCAUGCAAGACAGCAUGAAAUCUCUUCUGCUUUAGUUCCCCUUGUUUCAUGUGUUGUCCUGCACCAAAAGGACAAACAUUACAAGAUACGUUUUCCAAAACUUAAUACAUCAUAAUCAAUAAAUAAUAAAGCAACAUUUUGAGACAGUACAGCAGAAUCAAAUAGCUGGACUGUUUGGGUGAUAAAGUUCAGGAAGCUUUAAGCUCUUAAACCAUCGGCCCCUUCAUCGCUCCAUCUGACUGGCACUCACAUUAAAACCAACCAGACUCCAACAGGCACAACAGGUGUGACUAUAUCAAGGUGAACUGCAGGCCUGCUAUGUUGCCUGCAAACACUAACGCUGAUCAGCAGGUCAGGUUUUGGCAAAUCCCUUUCUAAAGUUUAGGAGGAGGAGCAACUUAACUAUGAACUGAUAGUGAAAGUGCACUAACUGUGAGCAGCUAAAUGCAGAUUCUUUCCUCAACCAAACCUUCAGUCUUAUGUAGUAUUACAUCAUUACAAUGUUUGUAUGGAGCCUCAAACGAUAUACAGUAGCUCUGUAGCCAAACAGGUGAGAUACAUCAUUUAUACAUACAGUAAGAGUCUUACUGUCGGACGUCCGGUGGCCUUAAUGUUGUUGAGUCUAACUCCAAAGCACCCUCUUCUGAGGUGCCGUAAAACACAAAGUAAAGGCAGCUUUUACACAGGCACAGGUUCAAUCAAACUGCCUAAUGAGAAACUAAACUAGAUGUAUUUCAGGCUGUGAGAAGAUCAGAAGUGUGCCAGUUUUUUCACGUUUUCUGACCCCUUUUAAAUGUCAUUGUUUCACAGGAGCAUUCGAAUAUUUUGGCUCUGCCAUCAUCAAAGAUUUGUCCAGACAGAGGCACCAAUUUGAUCUGCUCUCCUCAGAAUAUUCAGUUUGAAAUCUUCACUGAAACAAAGUCUUCCCUGCAAACUAAUUCCAGGAACGUUUACUGCUUCAGGUUUUUCUGUGUUGACACUAUGACUAGACUUGUUCCCCGUGAGGAUGUAGCUUUCAAAGGAACUGAAAAUCUUUUUUUUUUUUUUUUAAAUUAAACAGCAUUUGUGCCUGUGUAAAUGCUAUGGAAAUCACCUACUUGUGCUUCUCUUGUUGCCAAAAUGAGCCCUAUAUUUCAACAGGAUCUCUACAGAGAGGAUCUCUGUAGAGAGAAUCUGAAAUAACGGCCCAAGAUGUUUCAAAGUAGCAACACUAGCCUAUACUAGCCAAGCAAGCACUCGAUUGAAGGCACAUUUCACUGUUUCUUUGAGACACUAACGCAGUGGAUGCUGCUUCACGGACCAAGAAGAUUUAAAUUAGAGUUGGUCAAACUGGCUCGUGUUGUUGAACCACUGACGGCUAACUGACAACACAACCACUUCACUGACGAGUUAGCGGCUGCUGAGAAGAGACGAGUGUUAUUUCUGAAAACAACCACAAAGUAUGUUUGAAAAUUUGCCAAUCCAUGAUUACCUGUAAUGCAGAUUAAUUUGAUAGUAUUUAUAUUUAAUUUUGUGUUUUAUGCACAUUAUUUACUUUUGCGCUUUCCCGGUUCACUUGAAGUUAGUUGUAAUGUGUGAAGAUGGAAAAGACCCACAUUUUACUGCUGCUCCAUUCCUGAGAGGGGAAGUUUGAAACUUUGAACCAGUUUUUUUUUAAACAGAUGCAGGUAUACAGACAUCUGUUUUUUUGUGUUAUCAAACUAAUGCUGAUGACUGUGAAGUCUACAAGUCUUCAGUGACGGGUUCCUCUGCACAUUCUGGUUUUGUAUUUGUAUACAAUGUUUUGCAAUUUGUGAUUUUUUUCAAAGAACUGGAAAUAUUCAUUCCCAUGAAGAGAUAAAACAGGCCUGAGUUCAUUUCAGGGAGUGUUUUUUUUUCCAGAUAUGUAAGAGCUUCAUAAAAGUUGAUCAUAUCUUAGUAAAACAGGUAGAAUGUUUCUGAAUUGCACCCAGGCCUGAAACGUUUUUGUACAGUGUCACUCUUAUAAAUCUCCCAGCUUUCAAUGGGACUUGUACAGUGUUGAUACUACUGUAUGUUUUAUGUACAUAAUGUUGUUAAUCACUGUGGCCCUUUAGCUUACUAAAUCAUGACAUUAACUCUAUGGCCAACAGUACGUUGCCUUCACUGUGUAGCAGUUUCUGAUUAAAUCAAGUUACACACAGAA